AUGCCCGACAUCGUGUCGCCGACAAACCUGCCGGCCACCGUGGACCCCUCGACCCCCUACACGGCCAGUGACGAGCUCUCUCCGCCCCCAGACACCUCCGCAUCCUCCCGGGCGCCAUCAGAGGAUGGCAAUAUCCACCCCUCGCCCGGCCAACGCGUCAACCCCGACGCGACCCCCCAUACGAACGGCCAUGGGCCCCCAGACGUUAACGGUGGCGAUGGCGAUAGCAGCGGCCACGACAACGACGAAAGCGACCGAAGACCUUCCAAGCGGCGGAGAACAAGGGACACAACGCCCCUUUCUACAUCUCGCAAGCCCAAGUUUGAGUCACCGCCAUGGAAGAAGAUUGAGGCCGAGGGACCCACGUCCUUUACCGAGAACGGACGGCGCAAGUCGGGUCGUAUCAACGCCUUGUCCGUCGAGCCCCCGCCUCCGUCUAAGAAACGGCCUGCGAGGCAUUCUCUGAACGGUUCCGUCGCCAGCACGCCCAAAAAGAACGGACUGCCUGCCUGUGCCAACGGUCCCAGGUCCGCCAACGGCAGAGAAAGACCCCAGUCCGCCCGCAAGGUAGUUUCGACGCCCAAGCCCGCCAUCAAGAAGCCGGCUCCGCCAUCCCGAUCCUCUUCCCGCUCCGUGCGUCGUCAAACCCCCUCGCCGCGACCUCAACCGACGCGGCAUUCGACGCGACCCCGGCGUGCCGCACGCCUCGCCGACAACCCCGAGUCCAGAAACCUUAUAGAGCCCUCCCACGAGCUUCGACAAACCCAGCACGAUGACGACAAUCAGUCACCACGCAUCAGACUACGGGUCGGCCGCCCGGGCAUCAUUCCGCUGGUGCAUCCUGACCAAGUCCGAAAGCGACCAAAAAUCGGCACGUCCUUUGCGGAUUUCUGGGAACGUGGCGGCAAGAUUCCGGUGGAAGAAGGCGGGCUCCUAGCAUCAGAGGACGGACCAUCGUAUACUGACGAGAUGGCGCAAAGAGACGCUCGGUGGAUUCUGCGAAUUGAGCAAGAAGCGGAGCCUGGAGGGCUGCUGUCGCAAGACCGAUGCUCGCUGUUCACCCCCGAAGGAGAAGAGGAGCCGCCUCGGCAGUGGGCGCGGCAAGAUCACAUGGUUCGGGCCAUGGCAAACUUCCGCAAGCUCCUCCUCGCGGAGCAACAAAGACACCGGGCGACGGCCAAGAAACUUGCCGAGGCCUGUCGCGACGAGUGGCUCCGGCGCCAGCCAAAAUCGGCUGAGGAGAUUGAGGCUGAGGAAAGAGAAAAAUGGACCAUUCGAUAUCGGUUGGUCGCCCGGGCCAUUUGCGGUACUUGGGAGAAUGUCCGAACCCAGGUCAACAGGCAGCGCUUGGAGCAGUGGGAGGCCGAGGAACAAAAGCGAGUCAAGGCCGCGCUCAACGAGGCUGUCAGCCUGUCUGAGCAGAAGCUACAGGCGCGUCGUGGAGGGCUAGACUCGGAAGUUCCGUCCGACGGCGAUGGCUUCGACGACCUGAGCGACGAUAUCAGCGUGGUCGGGGGCGAUGAUGAGGAACCUGGGCCGGUCUCCGGAGAAAGUGACGAGGGCGGGGUUGUCGAGGACAGCGACUACAUGUCCUCCUCGGAUGGCGAUGACGGCGAUGACGACGACGAGGGUGGCUUGAGAGGCGCAGCCGAUGAAGAGCUCACCCAAGAGCAGUUGCGGUCCAAGUAUGCACAUCUCCCCGACCUGGAGCAGGACACGGACGAUGUCGAGGACGACGACUUGUCAAGCCCUGGCGCCGCCGCCGAGAAACCAGACGCCGAAUCUGCCGACGACGCAAGCGACGAGUCGGUAGACAUGGACGACGACCUCGGGUCGAGCGACUCGGAUAGCGGCAGUGCCAUAGACAACGAGUCUGACGCAAGCGAUGGUGACGAGCCUGGAGAUGGGGCAGGCGGCCUGCUGGGGCUCUUCUUUGGCAAAUCGGAACUAGAACAGAUGAAGGCUGAGGCCGCAAAUGAUACGGAUCAGCUUCACGAGAGUGAUACCGUGAUGCUCGACGCAGAUGGUCCCGGCACCACCAAGGGACUUGCAUCGGACGCUGGCGCGCCUGCCAGCGACGGCUACGAGGAUGACGACGAUAGAAUGUCAUUGGUUCGGCACCCAGAUUCCAUCAACGGCGAUGCCGCCGAGACCGAGCACGGCCCUGUUGUCGAAUUGAGCCAAGAUCAGGCACUCGAGCGUCCGGAGGAUGCCUCGGCGAAUGGUCAUCUGGCACCUGCAAAGUCCGAAGUCAAAGUCCCCAGCGUCGACCAAGCUGCAAAUUUACCGCCGGCCAAUGAAGCAAAACCGAUUGGCAGCCCCGAGACAGAGUCAGUUACAAUACCAGCCAGCCGGGACCGCAGCCAGUCUCCGCCAACUUCGGAAACCAAGCCGUCAGAAUUGGACGUUUCCUCGGCAGCGGACCGGGCCGCAGUCAAUGAAGAGACCGACAGGUCAUCUUCAACCCCGACACCAGCGCGCCACAAGACGGAGAUCCCGUUCCUCCUCCGGGGCACCUUGCGAGAGUACCAGCACGACGGCCUCGACUGGCUCGCCGGCCUUUACGCCAAUUCCACAAAUGGUAUCCUCGCAGACGAGAUGGGACUGGGCAAGACGAUCCAGACGAUAGCUUUGCUCGCCCAUUUGGCCUGCCAUCACGAGGUCUGGGGCCCCCAUCUGGUCGUCGUGCCGACGAGCGUGAUGCUCAACUGGGAGAUGGAGUUCAAGAAAUGGUGUCCGGGGUUCAAGAUCCUAGCCUACUACGGCUCGCAAGAGGAGCGGAAACGGAAGCGACAGGGAUGGAACAACGACGAUGUCUGGAAUGUAUGCAUCACCUCCUAUCAGCUCGUGCUCCAAGACCAGCAGGUUUUCAAGCGGCGACGGUGGCACUAUAUGAUUCUCGACGAGGCGCACAACAUCAAGAACUUCAAGUCUCAACGAUGGCAGACCCUGCUAGGUUUCAACACGCAUUCCCGUCUCCUUCUCACCGGGACGCCGUUGCAGAAUAAUCUCACCGAGCUAUGGUCGUUGCUCUUCUUCCUGAUGCCGGCGGAAAACGGUGUCGGCGGUUUCGCGGACCUGCAAGAGUUUCAUGACUGGUUCCACAAGCCGGAGUCGCAAAUCUUAGAGAGCGGCAGAGACCAGAUGGAUGACGAAGCCCGGGCAAUCAUCUCCAAGUUGCACAAGGUCCUGCGACCCUAUCUUCUGCGCCGCCUCAAGGCCGACGUGGAGAAGCAAAUGCCUGCCAAGUACGAGCAUGUCGAGUUCUGCCGGCUCUCAAAGCGGCAACGCGAGCUCUACGAUGGCUUCCUGUCCCGAAGCGACACCAAGGAGACGUUGGCCUCGGGCAACUACCUGUCCAUCAUCAACUGCCUGAUGCAGCUGCGCAAGGUCUGCAAUCACCCUGAUCUGUUUGUCGACCGCCCUAUCACGACGUCUUUCCGCAUGAAGAAGUCUGUCGUUGCAGACUUUGAGUUUACAGAACGAAGCGUGCGCCGCUUGCUGCACCCAGGGGAUCCCAUGGGAGUGGUGAGCCUCAGCUUUCUGAACUUGAUCCCGACCGAACACGAGCGCAUUUCAAGCACGCAAGCCGAGCGCGUUGCCCAACUCAGCUCCCACCGGGUGUUGACGCAUAUGCGCGAGGCUCAGCGGACGCGGGCUCAAGCGGCCUACAUGUACCUCGACCCUUCGACGGUGGAGUCGAGCAUCGCGUACCUGGAAAGUGCGGCGCGUUGGGAUCGGUUCGAGGAGUUGCAGCACUGCGUCUACCUCAAUGCUCUCCGUCGCCAGCAGAGACCGAUAUAUGGGAAGAACCUGGUCGACCUGAAAGUCAUGGCAUGGUUUGAGAACGACUCGACCUUUGUUCGUAGCAUGAUCCCAACCCUGGACGAGCGUGCAGACAGCUUCAAGACGAGAAUUGAGAAAUUCUCAGGCGUCGAGGCGUUUACCGACGAGGACUUGAAACUGUCGGCGCCUGUCCGAUGGGCUCCAUUUCUUCCAAAGGAGGCACCCGUUGACCCGUGGCACGAGGCUCGCAUGCGGCUCAGCAUUCACUUCCCCGACAGGCGUCUACUCCAGUACGACUGUGGCAAGCUCCAAGUGCUGGACAAGCUGCUUCGCAAGCUGCAGGCUGGUGGGCACCGGGUUCUCAUCUUCACGCAGAUGACCAAGGUGUUGGACAUUCUGGAACAGUUCCUCAACAUCCACGGACACAAAUACCUUCGCCUCGAUGGCGCGACCAAGGUGGAGCAACGGCAAAUCAUGACGGACCGAUUCAACAACGACUCGCGCAUUCUCUGCUUCAUCCUGUCGACGAGGUCGGGCGGGCUGGGCAUCAACCUUACUGGCGCCGACACGGUCAUUUUUUACGACCAGGAUUGGAAUCCUGCCAUGGACAAGCAGUGUCAGGACCGGUGCCACCGAAUCGGACAGACGCGCGACGUGCACAUAUACCGGCUCGUCAGUGAGCACACGAUUGAAGCCAACAUUCUGCGUAAAGCCUCGCAGAAGCAGAUGCUCGACGACGUUGUCAUUCAGGAAGGAGAGUUUACGACGGACUACUUCAACCGGCUCUCAGUCAGAGACGUUCUUGAAGAAAAGGCCGACUUUACGAGCGAAGGCGUGUCGGCGGCAGACGCGGCUUUGGACCGGGUGCUGGGUGGACCGGACAGCAGCGGCAACCAGGAGCGGCGCAACGUCGGUCGAGCGCUCGAGCAGGCGGAGGACCGAGAGGACGUGGCGGCUGCACGGGUGGCGGAGCGAGAAAUCCAGGCAGACGACGCCGACUUUACCGAGAAGCCGAGCGGGCCGGCCUCUGGGGCGUCGACAACGCGCCAGGGGACGCCAUCGGUCAAGUCGAUAGACGGCGUGGACUUGGUGGAGGCGGAGGACGAAGCAGAAGUCAAUGCGUGGGGCGACAAGAUUGGCAACAUUGACCAACACAUGCUGAACGUCAUGGCUGAGCAGCUCAAGGGGACCAAGCUGGAGUUGCCCAAGGACAAGAAGAAGGGAAAGAAGAAGGGCAAAGACACAAGAAAACGCUGA